AUGAGUUACUGGAAGGGUAACGAAACUUGUGCAGACUUUGCCCUGAGGCGGAGUCUCCCUGUUUGUCUGUUUGACCCCUUCCAACCCCACCCAGAUAUAUGCCGCCUACCGGCGACAUCGACAUCCCCGACUACAAUCCUCUCGAACACGACAAGCAAGUGUUCCGCGACUGGUCUCUCCGCCGACUCAAAUCAAGAGAGUCUCUUCGAUUGUACCGACUUUGGCGUACCUGG